AUGAUGAAAUACCAGAAUCAAUAAAUUCACUAAAACAAUGAUCAUUUGACAGUAAACUCUAACUUAUCCAACAAACUCUCAAAAUAAACCCAAUUUAAACAAAACCAAUAAUAGCAAGAUGAAGAGGAUCAGCCCUCACUAUACCUAAGCAAACAAUAUGACCAUUCAAAACCCACAUUUCUAAGGACUUUUCCCCAGUAACCAGUCGAUUGUUAAGGAAGUGAAGAUUUGCUGGCACCUACCAUCCUUUCCAAUAUACUCUCUGCGGAACAAAUAGUUUUUAAGUCAGAUCAUAAGAAACACUAAUAACUAAACCAUGGUUACGAGACCUCAAACAUAUCCUCUUCGUAAAACUCUAUGAGGUCUAUUUUGGAAAGUAGAAAAUGCAAAUAAAUCAAUUAGGAAAAAGUAAAAAUGAUCAUAAACUAAAUUAAAGUCAAAUUGUUGAAUUUAAUACAUUACUCAAAAUAUAAUGACCCUUUAUUAACAAAAGAAUAUUAGGAAUUGUCACCUUUUAAAUAUCAUUACUUCACCAUGUACAUCUUUCUAUCAACCACCAUUUCGAAUCUUCUGGCCUCAAUUUUAAUUCCCUUAACACAAUUCUUUGAGAUUUCCUUACUAUUUUAAAUAUUGUCUCAAAUAAUAUUUGGAUUUAACUUGAUCACCAUUUUAUAAGAUUUAUUUUUUCAAAGAGGUCCUUACAAAAUGUGUCGAGGGAUCAUCAAGGUCAACUAUUCAGACGAAUCAAAAAAACUACUAGAUACGACUCGAAUGCUACUUUUAAUAUUCAAUAACUUCUUUUAAAUAGAUCCCAAUGUAAAAUUGUUGACUAUUUUACUAAUGAUGCUCCUCUCAUUGUGGAGGUAGAAUGAAAGUUUUGAAAACAUAUAUCGGUCUACUCAUCACUUCAUUUUCAUUUGUUAACUCUGGAUUACAGUGAUAGUGUCCUUUGUCUGCACUUACCAAGGUAUUAUGAUUGAAUAACUAGAGUUUUUAUUUUGGAUGAAGACAUGCCUUUAUCCUACAGUAUUGUAUUGGCAAUCUCCUUUCUUACUCACUGUUCGAACAUUUAUUUCCAAUCAAAACUCAGUCUUAAUAUCAAUUUAUAUGAUUCUAUCGUAUCUAAGUCUUGCCUACACUUCAAUGAUAUUUUACAUUUGGUUGAAACCAGACAUAGAGAUACAAGAGGAGAAGCAGAAAUUGCUUAAAGGAUUCGUUGAAAGAUUUAGAUAGAAAUGUGAGAAUGAUGAUCUCCUUAGGAGGUGUUACUCUUACCUUGAAUUUCGAAUAGAUGAAGAUCUUAACAAAGCCAAAGAUCAACUAACAAAAAAGCUGAGUCCAGAUUUAGAAGAUGAAAUAGAACUAUCCUUAAGGUCUAUUAUGAUCGAAAAAAUAGAAUUAAUGAAUAGGUUUUCUCCACAUUUUAAAUAGUAACUAUUAUAUGAAAUAGAAUAAGUGCAAUUUAAUCCAGAGGACAACAUCAUAAUAUAACAAAAGGAACAUUAAGCAGAUGAUUUAGGAUUGUUCUACAUCUUGAAAGGAUAAGUGAAAGUGCGAUUUUAAGGGUCCUCCUUUGGGACCAGUAAGAGAGAAGUGACUACCUUAUCAGAAGGGUAGACAUUUGGACAGUACUCCUUUAUUACUGGAAAUCCAUCGAAUAUCAGCAUUUUCAGCUCAGGAUCAACUAUUUUAAUGAAAUUGAAGAGAUCCGAUUUCACUUCCAUAAUAUCCAACUAUCCUACUGAUAAUGAAAUCUUUUGCACCAUGAAGGACAAUGCAUUCUACAAUCAGAAAAUGUUCGAAUGUUACUAUUGCAAAAUCAGAGGGCAUUACAUUGUGGAAUGCAAACACAUUCAGUAUUUCCCCUAGAGAUUAAACACCAUAGAGAAACACUUAUAUACAGAGAAGUAGCAGAGAAGAAGUUGGAACAGAAAAUUGCGUAAGUAUUUUGCCUGGUAAGAUCUAAGUUUAAAUUAAGAUAAAGCUAAACAAUAUGCUAACAAACAAAGUUAAGAAUAGAUCUCUGAUGAAUUACCAGAAAUCUCAUAAUUGCCUUAUUCAGAAAAUUAAACAUAUUAGUCGGUGAGUUUUGUUAGUAAUUCUAUGGGUCCGAAGAACUUGAGUCCCGAGUAAUAUCAAUCUUACAGCAAUGUAGAGAGUUGUGAAUAAUUUAAUAUAGACCAAGACAUCUAAGAUGAGUAAACUAUCCCUUUCCAAGAACAUUAGGUUAAGAGUAGUAUUCGUAAGAAUUCAAAUAAGGCAACAUUGAAAACAGCUGGAUUUGCUAUAGAACCAAACAUGAUGAAUAAUUUAUCAAUGGCUGAUAAGGAUGAUAAGGAAAUCAUAAAUCAAUUGGAGCAUCAAAUGAACAAAGAAAAAACAAUUCUAUAUCAGACCUCCAGGAAUUACAAUACAAACAAAUUGACUUUUCAGUUUUAGAAGGAAUAAUCAUAAUAAAUUCAUAGGGAAGAUAUCAUCAAAACUGACUCAUUUUAAUAACAACAACAGUCAUUGGCAAUUUACUAAUAACAAUAAGCUUCAAAUCUCAAGUAGUCUAUCAGGUAGACUUCUAAUAGAUCUAACACUUAUUCUAAUUCAAUUUCGAAAGAUAUUUCAAACAAUCCAUCUUCCAAUUCUAGAUAAAAUAGGUCUUAAAGAUAAUCUAUGCAAUCAAGUCAAGAUAGAGUGAUGGAACAAACAGGGACCAGAAAAUUGAAUAGUUCUAAGUCUCUCACUAAUGAGUAAAAUAGAAUCAAUAAUAACAAGAGUUUGAAGUCUUGUACUAAGAGCACUCCUAAUCAAAUGUCAUAGUUUUAAGCUUUGACAAGUCCUGAGAACCAAGGGUAUUACUUAAAUGAUGUAUUAUUUAAUAAAUUCGAAAAAAUGUGCGAAUAUAAGAUUUACAAUCCGCAUAAUAAUUAUAGUUAGGUAAUAAACAGAUAUAAAAAAUACAUUGAAUCGCAGAGUUACAAUAAUUUUUGCAGGAAGAAACAUUUGCCAAGUUCAUCCUAUUCUAUAAGAUGUUUUGUGGUAUCAAAAAUUAGAAGAGUGAAGAAAUUAGUUUGA